GAUUUGAUGGACAGUUUUCGAUGGAUGAUGGAUGCUUUCUCUGGCAAAAUAAAUUAUGAAGAUCGACAAAGGGUUAUCUAUACUAUGAUAGAAGCGCAGUAUGGGUAUAGAAAAAUUGUUUCAGCGUUACUAUAUGGAAUUCUGACCGAAGAUGAAUAUACAAGGUAUUAUGAUCACAUUUGUGAUCAUGACAGGGACAAUUACGGUUAUCUUAUAUCUGUGAUGAACCAGAUAGUUAAAUACAGAGGCUUUGCGUUAUAUUCAAGAGAAACAACUGAUCGGGCAUAUGAUAAUAGAGAAAGUACAGCGAAUGCUCAGCCUGGAUUGUAUGAAGUUUGUGAAAAUCUCCUUCGUCAGAUCCGCGGAGGUGACAAUUCUGAGCCAAACAUUCGGCUAUGCGAGAAGAUGCUUGAAUUGCUAAAAAGAGAAUCAGUGUGGCUUUUUCAAAAUGAACGAUUGAUAAAUGUGACCUUCUAUACAUUCGCAAGUUUGGCAAGAGAACACGACAGAUUUGAUCAGCUACGAACUCGGGAAGCACAAUUUUGCAAAAUGAUUUUUGAUAACCACUAUAACGUAUGUUUUAAAAUCGGCCGUGAUCUGUAUCGAUUGUUAUUAGAAGUUUCAAAUAUACCCGACUUUGCGGCCAUUUAUAAUAAUUUAGAUCCUAAUGCAAAAUUACUUAUGAUACGAAAGCCGACGGUGGACUAUUGUUUGAGUAGUCGCCUUACAAGCGAUGAGAAAGCGAGAAUAAUCGCAUACUUGGAAAAUCAUACACCAAAUGCUUUUCAACGAAAAUUUGAACCAUUUUUUAGAGAUUUUUCAGUUUCUGGAUAUACGCUUUCAGACAUAAUAAGAUGGAUAUGUGGUGCAUUUCGCCCAACAAAACCAAAUUCGGAAUCCCAAAGACAUCAAUUGAUCCACGCAAUGAUUAACUAUGCAUGUGAAAAAGAACCUUCAAGCGAAAUGAAACAGACGAUUGUAGGAUUGUCAAAAAUGGCUCUUAUAUUGGAUUGGUUGUCUUUUGACAGAAACAAUAUAAAUCAAAGUAUAAACGAUAAUAUAAAUAAUAUCGAAUCGUAUCGUUCUGACUAUCAACUUGGACCAGAAUUAGUUGAAUGUUUAGGAUCUUCAAUUAACAAUUUUCUUCCGGGUUUUGAUCAUGAAAUUCGUGAAAACGUUAGAGUUGCUGCUCAAACCGUUUUACGAAGGAAUAUAAUGACGAUAGAUGACCUUAACAUGAUUCGGAGUAAAGCCAAUGAUGGUCGUGUUGCUAAUAGGAUAAUAUUAGAAAUAUGGUGCAACAAUAAGCAGACUGAUCUUGAACCAAUGAACAUUCAACCAACGAUUACGCGUCCGAAUACUCUAAAUAAUCCACAAUUCGGAAUACAUCAAUUACACAAUCAAGCAAGUUCUUCACCUUCAACUUCUUAUUCUUCGAAACUUCAAACUGAUUCUCCCCAAUCUCAUGCAUCAGCUGCACAAAUUCAGCCGUUGACCACACGAGUUCAACUUUCUCCUUCAUCUUCAAAUUCUCCUCAAAAGCUCGUACAACAAGUAAUUAGUCAAUCAACACCAUCGCCGACAUUGUCGCAACAAAGCUUUCAACAACAAAGCCCUUCUUUACCUUCACGACAGCAAUUAACACCAUUAAAUCAAAAUACUGGUGCUUUAUAUAGCCGACCAUUGAACCAAUCAGGUAGCACUUCAAAUAAUGACCAGCUAAAUUCUAGACGCGGAUCUAUAAAAUACGAUUCCCUACCAAUGCAAAGUAAUCCAUUAGUUCAGCCAACGCAACAAGACUUGCCUGUUACAGUACCGAUGCAACAACAAAUACCUCUGACUUCGACAUUAAAACCAUCCGAUCAGCGAAAUACUCUCGAUAAUUCUAAAAAGUUACGGAUGUGGUUAUAUUUUACUUCGUUGCAAAACUUUGAGAAAGCUAUUCAAAAUAAUAGUAUUGACGAAGCUCUUGAAAUCCUAAAAAAUAUUUUCGAGACAUUCUUGAAGAAUGUAGACCUUGGAUUUCCUAAUUCGCCUCAUGUUAAGGAAUUGCCCGAAAAGUUAGCAAAACCUUUAUGUAAUUCAAUUAACUUUGAUGAACUAAAAGGCUGUUAUGAUCUGACUAGUCGAUUACUUAAAAUUGAACCUUCUGGAAAAAAUCUUUUCAAUCUAUUGCUUUCAUGGAUAUUUCAGUGGAGAGCUGAAUCAAGUGAUAAUAAUUCUAAUAAAUAUAAGGCAUUUGAAUUGCUAAGGCUGAUAGUUAAUUGCACUGAACAGUCAGAUGGAAGCAAAGAAAUUCAUGUUAAAGCACGAUCUAAACUAAUGGUGUAUUGUCUAGGCAUUAACACUAACUUACCAGAAACCAUCGAGUUGUAUACCACUUACCUAAAAUUUGAAAUAACACGUGAAAAGUCAUUGUCCGAGAAUGAAGAAGAAUUUAAACAAGAAUUUAAACAUAGAUGGUUUGAAGAUCUGACUUUUAUUCAGGAAAACGAAAAUAAUGUAUUUUUAUCCAUGGUCCCACAAUUGCUUAAGUGCUGGCCAGAUAUUUUCGUUGGAGUUCCACGGUUCAUUUACAUGAUUGUGAGCGGAGUAAAUCCUGCAAUAAUUUAUAAAUUUGAAACUGAUUUGAGACAACAAAAAUACAAGAUUAUCGGCGAUGUUGAAGGCGCAGACUCUAUCCUUGCAUGCGCUUUGGAAUGGGAUUCAUUCGAGCAAAUAUAUCUAUUUAAUUUGAUAAGAUCAGAAUACGGCAACGAUGUAGAACAGACUGAAAAAUUUAUGGAUACUUCAGUUUAUUUAAAAAGCUUGGACCCUUUAACACAUCCUGAAGCAUUAUCUGGCUUAAUUUGGCUUCUUGAAACGGUUUCUCCUACCUUAAAAAUUAUUGAGGCUCUAUUCGAAAUUAUGAUUUCUACAACAACCGAUGAUGCACGUUCUGAAAUAAUUAAUUAUAUAAAUUCGAUAUUCCAUACAUGGCAAAAAAAUACACAACAUAUAUCAGAGUUAAAAUCUAGUUUAGGGCAAUAUUUUGACAAUCUUAGCAUUGAAUUAAAUAAAGAUAAAGCCGUUGAUUUAAUUAAAGCCGCAGUAGACUUAAUGGAUGAUCUAUGGAAAAAAGCUCAUCCUACGUUAAAACGUGGAUUAUCGUCGUUGCAGCCAAAAGUUGAAAGUAUAGCAGCCUCAAUCGGUAUACAAAUAAAAUUUUCUAACUUGGUUGAAGUGCUUUUGGAUGAAAAACACAUGGAACUUGAAGAAAAUGAUGAUGAGAAUAAUGGCAAUUCCAAGCCUGUUACAUUGCCAAUAUCAAAACCAAUGAAGCCUCAGGAUCGCCAGCUGCGUUCUACGACCGUGCAUUCUCGUAGCACUGCGAAUGAGCCAACAACAACUUCUACAUCCGAUGGAGAAGAAAAUGAGGAAGAGACGUGUAGAACACCACCACCAGUUUUGCCAAAACGUGUUAAAAGAAAAAUUAUUGUUAGCUCAUCGGAAGAAGAACAGGAAGUUGAGCAACCGAAUAACCGCAAAAAUCGUUCAUCACGUGCACGCUCUUCUCAGACGACAUCCUCAAGAUCCACUAUGAACACCCCCCAACUUUCAGGUGGUAAACGCAAGGGUACUAUUCCAACUGCUUCACGGAAAAAACAACCAAAAGUUUCUGAAAAAUCAUCUUGA